AUGGAAAUUGGACCGGGUCGAGCUCACCCGAUUGCAGUCGGACUCACCGGGUCGACCCUCGUCCCGUGCGGUUCUCGCGUGUUCAUCGUUUUCUCUACUGUUCCGGACGCAAAACCCGCAAAAAUGGUUCGAAGCCUCAAAAAUCCCAAGAAGGCAAGCGAAAGAACAAGUUCGUUUAUCGGAGCUUCACAGGGCUCAAAGAAAGGAGAGGGCUCUUCAUCUUCGAACUCGAUUCCGUCGUUGCCGACGAAGGUGUGGCAACCAGGCGUCGACAAGCUCGAAGAAGGAGAGGAACUUCAGUGCGACCCUUCUGCCUACAAUUCGCUCCACGCCUUUCACAUUGGCUGGCCCUGUUUAAGCUUUGAUGUGGUGCGUGAUUCUCUGGGUCUGGUUCGGACUGAGUUCCCACAUACGGUAUAUUGUGUUGCAGGCACUCAGGCUGAAAAGGCUUCAUGGAACUCUAUUGGAAUAUUUAAAAUUUCUAACAUAUCUGGUAAAAGAGGAGAUCUGGUUCCUUCAAAGUCUGUUGCUGAUGGAUCUGAUAUGGACAGCAAUAAUAGUGAUAGUGAUGAAGAUGAACUACGCAAGGUGGGCCAUGAAGGAUGUGUUAAUCGAAUGAGAGCCAUGCCUCAAAGUCCCCAUAUAUGUGCAUCUUGGGGCGAUACUGGUCUUGUUCAGGUAUGGGACUUCAGCUCUCAUCUAAAUGCUUUGGCAGAAUCAGAAACUGAAGGUAACAGGGGAGCUCCCACGGUCUCCAAUCAGGCUCCGUUAGUGAAGUUUGGCGGGCACAAAGAUGAAGGCUAUUCCAUAGACUGGAGUCCUCUUGUCUCUGGGAGGCUUGUUUCUGUGGGACAUCAAAUCAUCUUUUGUUAUCUGGAGAUGAAUGGGAUUGCAAGAAUUGUAUUUGUUUUGUGGGAACCUACAUCUGGUACAACAUGGAAUAUUGAUAAUAACCCCUUUGUUGGACAUACUGCAAGUGUUGAAGACUUACAAUUAAAUUUUUUACUGUUACAAUUCAUGCCCUUUCCAACUUUUGUCUAUGCAGUGGAGCCUACAGAACCUUCUGUCUUUGCCUCUUGCUCUGUGGAUGGAAAUAUAGCCAUAUGGGAUAUUCGUUUAGGGAAAUCACCGGCAGCCUCUAUAAAGGCACAUAAUGCUGAUGUAAAUGUUAUCUCAUGGAACAGGCUGGCUAGCUGCAUGCUGGCAUCUGGAAGUGACGAUGGAACUUUCUCUAUUCGUGAUCUUAGAUUAUUGAAGGAUGGAGAUUCUAUUGUGGCUCACUUUGAAUACCAUAAGCAGCCCAUUACAUCAAUUGAAUGGAGUCCACAUGAAGCCUCCACCUUGGCAGUUUCUUCAGCUGACAAUCAACUAACAAUAUGGGACCUUUCUCUAGAAAGAGAUGAGGAAGAGGAAGCUGAAUUUAAAGCUCAAACCAGGGAACAAGUAAAUGCCCCUGCAGAUCUUCCACCACAACUUCUCUUUGUUCAUCAGGGUCAGAAGGACUUGAAAGAAUUGCACUGGCAUUCACAAUCCCGGGAAUGCUCAUAUCCACUGCUGCUGAUGGUUUCAAUAUCCUAA